AUUUACUGGGUCAAAUACGUGACAUUGUUUCGGAGCCCAUUGAAGGAAUAUAAUUUGGGCUUGGCGGGUCUGGAUCACCUCAAACCCGACCCAUUUUGAUCCAUGUCGAUAAAUGGAUGCUCCUUGUUCAUUACGCAUUAAAGGUUGUACAGUGAUGGAGAUCCCCGCGCCAAAUCCCCAAAUUUCCUACAAAUACCUUAGCCAUGGCGCAACAAACCCCAGAGUUGGAAUCAAUUUCCCCCUCCAUAAACCCGAAUACAAACCUCCGAAGCCGGCGAGGAUCAACGCGCCGCCCAAUCGACGGCUGCCGAAGCCAAUCACGACCUCCUCCGACGUCCUGCGCUUGUUCGACAGCCUCAAGUUGCCGAUAUCCAUGGACGUCUACACUUCCCUCAUCAAAGAGUGCACCGAAUUAGGCGACCCUGUGAAAGCCGUCGAGCUUCACCACCACAUCGGAAGGAGCGGCCUCCGGUUGGACUUGCCGGCGCUCAACCGGAUGCUGUUGAUGUUCGUCUCCUGCGGGUGCUUUAAUCGUGCCCGCCAACUGUUCGACCAAAUGUUUCUGAGAGAUUUCAACUCAUGGGCGGUCGUGAUCGCCGCCUGUGUCGAGAAUGGAGAGCACAGAGAAGCUCUUAAUCUGUUCCUAAGAAUGCUGAUCGAAUUAAACGUCGAAAGCUUCGCCGAUCGCCGGAAUGACUUUCCGGCCGCCGGAAUACUCGUCUGUGUUCUCAAAGCUUGUUUAUAUGCUCCCGACGUCGAAUUCGGCUUCCAAUUGCACGGAUGGAUAUCGAAAAUGGGGUAUUCGAGAAGCGUAGUAUUAAAUAGUUUCUUGAUUAGUUUCUACGGGAAGCUCAAGUGCUUUGACAAUGCUCAAAGUGUUUUUGACCACGGCGACGAUCGAAACACGGCCGUGUGGACAUCGUCGAUCGUGAAUUUCAUCCUCGACAACGACUACGACGGAGCGAUCGGCGUCUUUAAGGCGAUGGCGAGGGAAGGAGUUAGAACAAACGGCUACACGUUCUCGACGGUUCUCAAGGCAUGCGGGAGGUCGAGGAACAUAACAUUCGGUCGUCAGAUACACGCUAGCGCGACAAAGCUAGGGCUCGAAUCGAAUACGUUUGUGCAAUGUGCAUUAGUGAAUUUGUACGGUAACUGUGGCUACGUAGACGAUGCGAGGAGAGUGUUUGAAGCCGGUAGAGAAACGAGGAGCGUUGCGUGUUGCAAUGCGAUGCUUGCGAAUUACGUGCGACACGGGUUUUGUGUCGAGGCCAUUAGAGUUCUUUAUGAAAUGACGUCGGCGGGCUUCUCGCCGGUCGAGUCUGUGGUCACCGAAUUGAGAUCCGUUUGUGGGGGCGGAGAGUUUUGCGGAGUCGAUCGGUAGAAUGCGAAUCGAAUGUUGUAUUCGAUGAGUGUCUGAAGUCGGACAAUGUUGUCACGGUGCUUCCGACCGGGUCGCGGGAUCCGGCGCCGGAGUAUAGCCGAUGUCGUGAGGAUGUUAGAAUUAAGACCAAAUCUUUCAAACAUCGAACAUAAGGUUGUCCUAAAGCUGCCUCUUUUAAUGAACUCAAGGUAGUUACUACUUACUAUAGUCUAUAUGUAAAUUACAAGGUACAAUUGCUACUAUUUGUAUGUAUAAUGUAUUGGGAUUUGGGUUUGUGUAUGUGUGUAUAUAAUUAAUGGCUGCGAUGUUAAGUCUCGAAACGGUGCGUUUCUUAACCAUU